AUCGCCUUCAUCGGCGUCGCGGCCAACGUCAUUAACGUGAUCGUGUUCCAUCGGCAAGGCCUCAAGACCACUGUGAACAUAGGACUCACCGGCUUGGCGGUGUCCGACCUCUGCAGCCUCCUCACUCUGCCGUGGUACAUCCCGAUGGCGAAAACGUUCCCCAAAGGCGCGGGUCUAAACAUAUUCUACCACGACGCUCAGCAGCUGACCGUGGGGUUCCCACACGCCUGCUUCACGAGAACCACCGCGUGGCUGACGGUGCUGCUGACCGCUGAGAGAUGCCUCUGCGUGGCCCUCCCUCUGAAGUUUAAACGAACCAUGACGCCGAGGCGAGUGCGGCUGGCGGUUUGUUUCGUGUACUUCAUCAUGUUUGUCUCACUGUUACCCGAGUACACCACAGCGUACCUCGACUGGAAUUGGGAUUCCCGGGCAAACGUGAGCGUACUUGGUAUCUUCUUUGCCCCCAACAGGCAACAGACGGAAGGGAUCAGCUUCCUCCUCUACGGCAUCUACGCCCUGGUGGCAUUCCCGGCCGUUGUGUUAUCCACCUCCGUGAUGGUGGCUAGGCUGAAACAAAGUUCAGUCAAGCGUAAAAUGAUGAAUUCAAGCAUCGUCGGCGUGGGGGCGGUCUCGAGGCGUGACCAGAAGGCGAUAAACCUCGUCAUAGCCGUCGCCUGCGUCUUCAUCAUUACGUACAUCCCAAUGGUCCUUAUUUGCUUACAGGCUUUCAUAGAACCGUCGGCCACCCCGGCCAACAACGGGCUGGUCCAUGUGGUUGUUUCUGCUGGUUUAGUUUUCGACGCCAUCAAUUCCAGCGUUAAUAUUAUCACCUACUACACCAUGAGCUCAAAGUAC